AUGAUCACACCUUUCAUUUACAUUACUAUUAAAAUAUGCCAAUUUUUACAAGUAGGCAUUGGAAUCUCAGCUAACACAGUUCUCCUUGUCUUCCAUAUAUUCACGCUCCUUCUGGAUUACAGGCAUAGGCCCACAGACCUGAUCAUCUGUCAUUUGGCCCUUGUCCACAUAAUGAAUCUAUUCACUGUAGUGUUUAUGAUGUCUACAGACCUGUUUGAAGCUCUGAACUUUCUCAAUGAUUUCAAAUGUAAGUCUUUAUUCUGCAUGACCCGAGUGACACGGGGUCUCUCCAUGAGCAAUACCUGCCUCCUGAGCAUCCUCCAGGCCAUCAUCAUCAGCCCCAGCACUUCCUGGUUGGCCAGGUUUAAACAUAACUGCACAAAGUACAUCUUCCAUUCUUUUGUCAUCCUUUGGUUUCUCAGUUUGUUUGUGAAUAGUAACUGCCUCUUGUAUACUGCUGCUUCUUUUAAUGUGACCCAGAGCAACCUACUGAGUGUCAGUAAAUACUGCUCACUUUCUCCCAUAAACUCCGUCAUCAAAGGAGUGUUUUUCACUUUUUCAUUAUCCAGGGAUGUGUCCUUUAUAGGAGUCAUGCUGCUCUCAAGUGCAUACAUGGUAAAACUCUUGUCCAGGCAUCAGAGGCGGUGCCAGUACCUUCACAGCAUGCACCUCUCUUCACGGGUCUUCCCAGAGAGAAGGGCCACCCAAACCAUCCUGUUGUUGGUGACUUUCUAUGUGGUCAUGUACUGGGUGGACAUCAUCAUCUCGUUCUCCUCAAGUCUGUUAUGGACAUAUGACCCCGUCAUCCUGGAUGUCCAGAAGCUUGUGUCCAAUGUCUAUGCCACUGUCAGUGCAUUGGUGUUAAUCCUUUAAUAAAAGGAUAAAAAUGUGUUUCAAAAGUGUAGGGAAAUUACAAUUAAUUUAUAA